AGCCACCAGAAACUGCAGCAGAACUUCCACACUUGGAAUUAGCUGUGAGUGCAACUGUCAUGUGGGUGUCAAACCAGGGUGCCAAAGGAGUCCCCAGUGUCACUAUUAUCAUUUUACAGGGGAUGUCGUUUAAGAGAGAUCAUUAGCUGCAAGCAGCCUGGCUGGGUCAAGGCUGGGAGGCGGAGACGCAGUUGCAAGCAGCGAAGCAAGGUGGAGGCACGAAGACAGAAGACCAGGUUAAUGAAAGCAUGAGGUGGCUCUUGGGCAGCAGCUUGAAAAAUUUUGGACAUGCUGACAGGGGAAACUAUGACUGGCUAAACAGUGAACCAGGUGGGCCACUUCUGGAAACAGAGCUUCAGAGCAGACAACAGACAAGUUCAACCAAAGACGACAUAGAACCAUUUCUGUGUAUCAUAUUGCCUGCCACCAUGAUGCUCUUCCUGGCAUUCCUGCUGCUCUUCCUGUACCGCCGUUGCCAGCGCCCCACUCAGCAGGGGCAGAUCUUCAGCAUCGACCUUCCCGAGGCUCUGCCUGAGCACGAUGUGUCCAAUUUCCUUUCUGCGCUGCCCUGGAGCAGUGAGCAGAGCUUCCACUACUCAACGCUGCUCCCUGAUGCCACAUUCCUGUCUGUGUGUUUGCCUCCAUCAUACGAGGAGGCCACAAUGAAAACUUCUGUGGAAGAGGCUCACACUGAGCUCUCUCCAGACCCAGUGCCUCCUUAUGAAGAGAGCACGCUGCAAACCAGCAGCGCCAAAUAAACUUCCUACAGAAGCACCUCAGCUGAAGCAUGCAGCACAAAGGUAGAACUGCUAUGGCCUUUAAAAUUUGUGAAAAGAUUCCAAAUGAGGCACAAAACCAAUGAAUUUAUGAAGGAAGAAACUUGAAGUAACAGGGACUGCGUCUCUUCACCUCAUCCUAGGAUUCCCUACCUUCCAUUUGUGGCAAGUGAACACACAGUGUAGCACGUCCAAUCCAGACUGGUAACAUGGGGAUUCUAGUUAACAAACAUGUCAUGCAAGGAUUAAACUUAAGGAAAGCUGGGAAGCUCUUCCUCUGUAAUCCCUCAGCUACAAUGAAAUGUCAAUAAUGCUAUAGAUUCAGCAAUCACAAAAAGGGCUUCUAGCACGUAUAUAUUCCAGUUUGGGGUUUUUUUUCUAUUUUAUGCAUUUAUAUUUAAAUGAGUUUUUGACAAGCUGAGUCGCUCAGUCUGUGUGUGUUUACAUCACAUCGUUCUGCAGUGCUCUGGAAUGACCACAACAGCUCUCAGGAAAGCAAAUAUAUAACCUCUACAAAAUUUCCAGUAACUGUCCCCAAAGGUUCAAAUGUGCACUGUGAAUAAAGGCUGUCUUUUCUCACAGUUGGACAAUGAGGACAACCAGCAACCAGAGAAGACCUGAUUGUUCUAGGUGAGGAAACCUCCAUGCAAGAGCACACUCACUCUGUUGCUGCAAGCUGCUUGCCAAGGUCUGCAAGGUCCCAGCAUUCCAGACUACCCGCUUGACUUAUUUUCCAAGUCUAAAAUAAUAAACCAUGGGACUUACUUGGUGCGGUGUGUAAAGGAG